AUGACGCUCAGUAUCUCCAUUGAUCCAGACCCCCACGGUUCGGAUUCUUACUCUGACGACGAGGGAUCGUCCGGUGUUCAUGUAUCUGCAUCUUCCGAAUUAGAAAGUCAUGAGUACCUGGAUCAUGAUGAGUGGGCGCAUUUGCCAUAUCCGGAUGAAUUGAAACCAUCUGAUUCAGCCUCUCGACCAAGAACUUCGAACCGCAGUCGUCCGCCCCACGGUUCACGCUCCGCUUCGGGCCGUCGCCCACCAUCGCGACGUAUGGCAGAACAUCAGUCAUUCGCCCCUCGAGGUCGAAGACAACAAUCACCAGAUUCUCCCGAUAGUGCCGAUUCCGACGAGUACCCUUCCAAUUUCGGUCGAAAUGGUAGGGGAUGGCAGCAACCUAUUCCACCCGGAUACGCUCCCAGCCAGUCCUCUGGUCCAUCGUAUCCUCCCUACCCCCCUGCUCCUCCCCCGGGCCAUGCCCCGUAUGCCCACCACAAUCCUCCCCCGAUUACAUCAGAGCUCAUGAGAAUUGCUCACCCAGGCCAACCUAAUCCCUAUGGUGCUCCGCCUUAUGGAUACCCACCUCAAUUUCAACCUGGGCCUCAUUUUCUUCCCGAUCAACCCCAACUUCAUCGACAUGCGCCUCGGCAGCCGCCACAGAUGCACAAUCCAAUGCAGCCCCCUAUGCCACCAAUGCCGCACGCGAUGGGUCCUCACGGCGCUCACCCCGCCUACCCUGGAUAUCCUCAAGAAUUAAUGGCCUACGUCGACACUGCCAAGGAUGAGCAAAUUGCGAGGUUAGAGAAGUUGAUUCUGGACGAUCGUAACGAUCGCGAAGCGAAGGAACUCGCCAAAAAGCAGGCCAUCGAACGCGCGGCCGCCGAGAAAGCAGCUCAGGAUGCACAGACAGCGCAUGAUAGGAAGAUCACCCUGGAAGCUGCGGCGCUUGCUCGAGCAGAUGCCGAAAAGAAGGCAGCAGAGGAUGCCGCAAAGGCCAAGGAGGAAGCAGAGAAGGCCACGGCCGCGGCCGCUAGUGAGGCGGCAGCAGCAGCAACCGCUGCCGCCAAUGAUGCAGCUGCCAAAGCAGCCGCUGCCGCUGCUGAAGCGGCUGCUAAAGCUGCCGAACCGCCGCCACCGCCGCCACCCCCAGAGAAGAAGCAACCUAUCAAGUUCAAGGACGCUGUUGGGAGAAAAUUCAGUUUUCCAUUUGAGCUAUGUGCUACCUGGAAGGGAAUGGAAGAGCUCAUCCGACAGGCUUUCCUCCAUAUUGAAGUCAUCGGACCUCAUGUGGCCGAGGGGCAUUACGAUCUUGUUGGUCCGAACGGCGACAUCAUCCUUCCACAGGUUUGGGAAACUGUGGUCGAGCCUGAUUGGGCUAUUACUAUGCACAUGUGGCCAAUUCCUGAAAAGCCAAAGGAAGAUCCUCCCCCUGCGCCAGAGCCUGCCCCGGUAAAACCUGCUGAUCCACCCGCCGAGCCAAAGAAGAAAGCAGAUGGCCCUAAAAAGGCUAAGGCCAGAGGACCAGAUGUCCCCGGAAGUUUCGCGAUGUGGAUGUUAGGUGGCACUAAUCGCCGGGGGGGCAAAGGGGGUCCUAAAGUGGAAAAGAAGCCCGAUGCCCCUCCUCCGGCACCUGCACCUGCACCAUGA